AUGCGUACCGAUAAAGGAGAUUCGUUGCGAAUGUUUGUGAUCGCCAUUGUAGCCACAGGCUUAGUGGCGCAGACCCUGGCAUUUGACGCAAAUUUUUACGCAAACUUAAUCACGUUUGGGAUUUACAACAGCGACCAAAACGUGACCGCAAACGUAACGUCGGACUUUAAGGAUUUCGGAGCGCUCGGCUGCAACAGUUCGGAUCCGUUUGCGGUGAUAGUGCACGGGUGGAAGGAGAGCUGCCAGACCGAAUGGUUGGUGGAUAUGGUUUCCAACCUGACGAGCGUGCGGUCUGGGUGUAUUUAUUGUAUGAACUACAACAACUUCUCCCGCCAUGACGACUACUUCGGUCUGGUGCGUCAGUUCGUGCCGAUAUCGGAUGUGCUUGUGACAAAGUUGCAACAGCUGGACGACUUUGGCUACGACUUUGACCGGGGCUACAUGUUCGGCUUCAGCUACGGGGCCCACCUGGCACUGGAUUCGCUGAGAAAGUUCAGCCCAGGAAAGCUGGGCGUGCUGGACGUCUGUGAACCGGCCGGCCCAGGGUUCGACGGGGAGCAGAGCUACCGCGAGAAGGAUCCCAUGCAAGCGGCCAAGAAUGUGCAGUGCAUCCACACGAGUGACAACUAUGGUACGCACGAGCGUAAGUGUCAUCAGAACUGGAACCUGGGACGGUGUGGCAAGUCGCAGGAUGCGGCCGGACCGUACCCGAAGGGAUCGCACGGCCUCUGCCCGUACAUCUACAACAGCGCGUUCAAACAUGACUUCCUAGCGAUGCCGAACAAGCAGAACUGCGAAACGAAGCGGCUUGCACCGGCAUGGCCGAAGGGCUUCCGGAUGGGCUACUUUACCGAUCGUAAAAGCGACGUGAUUGGUGAUCUUUUCGCGGCCACCUCGAGGGAGUACCCGUACUUCGAUAAUACCUUCGCUAACGAAGUCAAUGAAGUUUAA